AUGAAAUCGGCUUCGCCGUCGACUGCUCCAGUUCCAGUAGUGAACGAGACCAUUACAGUGAUGCCAGGAGAUGAUGAAACGUCUGAUGUAUUUUUUCUGGUGUCGGUUGUUGCACCGCUCCUAUUCUGCUGCUUUGCCAUAUUUGUAUGCGCUCUGAACAGCAUUUGGAUGACUCGCAGCAAACUACAGGCACUGACAUUGAUCGCAAAACAAAGAGAACCGACUGAGUACACGGAAUUCACCAUUGAUUUGACCACCAAAGUUGACUCAUGUGUUGAACUCUCAUCUCCACAAAUAAGUUCAAAAGAGGAAUCGGUACUUCUGUAA